CUUGCUCGCUCGCUCUCCCAAUUUCUCAGCUGUCUUCGCCGGUUAUUUUUAGGUUAAAUUCUAAAAUAAAUUGUGAAAGCCGUAGUCGUACUGUCGUACUUUCAUGUAGGUUAUUUUAAAAUUUCAACGUGCGCCAAACUUUAUUGUAGAAAUAUUGCGCAUUUGGAUCCUUAUUUGUCUCGUGUAGUGUUAUUGACAAGUUCAUUGCAUUGUGAUUCCAUUGUUUACUCAGGGUUAUGAAACAAUAAGAGGACCUCCGUUACCUGCGGAGCGCCAAAUCAAACAAAGCCAUGUCAGGCGACGUUCAACCAAGAAAGCGCAAAGAUAAAAAGAGGAAAAAAGAUGAGUUAGGUGUAGAGGAGCCACGGGGGACGGCCGCUACUCUAGGAGAAGGUGAUGUGUUCAUCCACUCUCACCAUGACCAUGGCACUGGAGGGCAUUGGUGUGCCAAAAUCAUUUUCUUCUCCCUGCUUGCAGUACUUGUCGCUCUUAUUGGACUGAUAAUACUGGAAAACAGAGGAUUAACUGAAUUGGAAGCCAAUUCAGUUGAGUCACGUUAUUCUGGCGUUCUUGAGGGCUGGUUGGAAGAUGCACCGGAGGAUGACCAUCAUGACGAACAUACACUGGAACUGAAUCACCCUGACGAUGAUGAAGAUGAUCAUGGUGAUGAACAAGGCCAUGAUGAUGAUGAUGAAACAAACAAUGACGAUGAUGACGAAGAUGAUGAACACAAUCAGAGUGACAAUGAAGACGAUGAUGAAGAAGAAGAUGAUGAACAUAAUUAUAGUGAUGAUGAAGAAAAACAAACAAACAAUGAGGAUGACGACGAAAACUAUAAACACGAUCAGAAUAAUGAUGAUGAUGAAGAAAUUGAUGAACAACUAGACAUUGACAGUAACGAAGAAAACGAAGAGAAAAAUCAAGAACGCAGAUAUGGAAAGUAUUACGAUGAUGAGGACGAUGAAGAAACUGCAAACGAUGACGAUGAUCUAGAUGAAGUAGACGAUAGUGAAGACGACGACAACGAAAACAUUCAAACUGAUAGCAGCAUUGAAGAAGAUCAAAAUAUCAGUAAUAAUGAUUUGUAUGACAAAAGCGAGGAACAAACUAAUGAUGAAGACGCAGAUAAUGAGGAAGACGAAGAACACGACGAAGAAGAAGAGGAAGAUACUGAAGUAGAAAUCGAAAGGAUCGAGAAGGAAAUCGAUUUAGAACCGAUUUCUACUGAACUACCCGCCUUGCCGGAGGAGGAAGACGACGAUGAUGAUAAAAGCGAAGAAGUGUCCACCGAAGUGGAGGCUCAAGAGAAGGAAGACGAAGACGAUGGCGUGGCCCCUGAGGAUCUGGACGAAGACUUCUUGGAAGACGACAGCGACGAACCGCCUAUAGAGCACAUCACAGCGCCCGUCGGAAAGCCUUUAGUCGAGGUUGAAGAAGAUUCCUCCGAAAAGCCGCCGGACACGCUUGCUGAGGAAGAAGAAUAUGAAAAACUGCAACAGGAGAAAAAGAGAGAGGAAGAGCAGUCGUCACACAUGUGGCUGAAGCUGACGGUGGGUGCCGCGCUGCUGGUCGCAACACACGCGGUUAUACGGCGCGCCACUGCUCCGCGGGAAGCGCCAACGGAGGAUGAUCGAACCGAAAGAGAAGAAACACCUUUGUUAGAUCGCCGAAUGACACUGAUACCCCAAGAACCUGUUACUGGGCCUAAGGAGGAAGUUGUGCAAAGAGUGCCAACAAUACAGCAAACUCCCCCAUCUCAAGAAGAGGAAGACGAAGAAGAAGAUGAAGAAAAGAUUGAAGAUGAGGAAAUUGAGGUGUUGCCAUCUGCGCAAGAUAUGGAAGAUAAAGAGUUAUACAGUGACGAGGAAGUAGAGGAAGAAGAGGAAAUCGAAAUAAAGAAGGAAGCUCCAAAUGUGAGCGUUCCGAAACCAGAGGAGAAAAUUGUCGCCAAGUCCGAACCUGAACCAGACCCGGAAGACGAUCCGGAUGAUGUGGAGAUUAUUGACGACGAGCAGCUGGAAGAAGAAGUGGAAGAGGAUGAAGACGAAGAAGAUAUAUCGGAUGUGGAUGAUGCAGAACUUCUAAGUCGUUUAGAGGCCAAGUACGGCCGUCUCCCCGAGCCUGAAAGGCCUGGACAAAAGCAUAAAGACGGCGGUAACAGUGUCCAUGACGAAUGGCCAGGGGAGCCUAGUGAUGCUUUCUGGCGCCGAGAACUUGACUCUGCGGAGAGAGAACUCCGACAGGGUUCCUGGUCUUCCGCGGCGUCGCGGGCGUCUGCGCCGGAGUUGCGCGGCAGCGGCCGGGCGCGGUGGGUAGCGGCGCGCGCGGCCGACCUCGAGGCGGAGGCGAGACGCGACAACAAACUGCUCGGACGCGCCAUCGCAGCAUAUCUGGAACUGCUGAAGAUGAAUGAGAAACUCUCCGAUAAGAAGUUGAAGGAAAUCGCCGCUAGGACGAUCGACAGGAUCAUGUUCAGAGGAAACUAUUUAAGCGCUGAACCAGUAUACAGAGUUUUGUUACGCCGAUUUCCAGAAGAAGUUUCAUAUCGAAAUAACCUAACAAUAUCGCUGCUUAUGGCUAACAGGGCUGAUCUGGCCGAGGAGAUACUGAAAGAAACACUAAAAAAGUGGCCUAACGACCGCGUUGCUUUAGCGCACUACGGGUUUGUUUUAAAAACUUUGAGAAACCGCCUGGAGGAAGCCGUGGAACUGUUUCAGAAGGCACUAGAAGGAGACAUAGGACCCGCGAACGAGCCCAGGUUUUAUUACCAUUUGGGCGAUGCAUUGUUGUUAUUGGGAAGGCCAGCUGAAGCUCACGAAGUGCAUAAACGAGGAGCAAAAUUAGGACACUUUUUAUCACCAGCACAACGUUCACUGUACAACGUGCCGCGGCUAAAGAGUCGCCCGUGGUGGAACAUAGAUGAAAGCCCUUACGCGAAACUAGCGCGUGCUUUAGAGAAAUCCUGGAAAGAGAUACUAAAAGAAGGGGAAGCGGCUAAAUCUCUAUAUGAGAAAGAAAAAGAGGGCUUGAAGGAGCGAGGCGAUUGGUCACAGUUGGAUUUGUUUGCACGUGGACAAGAAAUACCUAACAGGUGUAAGAAUGCGCCUGUGACUUGUUCCGUAGUACGGUCCGAGCCGGCGGCGGUGGGCUGUCGUCGCGGGCAGAUCAAGUUCAGUGCCAUGAAGCCGGGCACGCAUGUAAGGCCGCAUGUCGGUCCGACCAACUGCAGGCUUAGAAUGCAUUUAGCUCUUAGCAAUACCAAAGAUACAUUUAUAAGAGUGGAUCAAACUGUCAGACAGUGGCAAACCGGCAAAGUAUUUAUGUUCGACGACAGCUUCGAGCACGAAGUAUGGCACAAUGGCACUGGCACGAGGCUAGUGCUUAUUGUGGAUGUCUGGCAUCCGGACCUUACGCCGCAAGAGAGACGCUCGCUGCCUGCUAUCUGAUGCAUGGUGUGAUAGUGUAAAUAAUGCUUUAUCCAGUAUUUACUUUGUAAGAAUCGUGUUUGUUAGGAAUGUUGAGUGUGCCUGAAAAAAUAAGUUAAACAAAAUAGUGACGGUGUGCGCAGGUGCUUUAGUCGCCAGCCGUCAGACUGGCGGAAAUCCGUCAGUCUGUCAAUCCCGUCUGCAGAUGUUAUCUGCGCAGAUCGCCCCAAAUUUCGUUCAACUUAUGUGCCUAUACGCUUUCUUCACCUUGUUUAUGUAGAGUUCGGUUCUCUCAUCAACAAAUUAACUAUUUGUGUUUGUUGCAAUGUGUUUUUAACAUUAUACCAUUCUUUCACACAAACUUGCUCUUCUAUAUCUUUGCGUUGCAUUUUUGCGUAAAUAAGCCACAUUAAAUAUUACAGUUAAGGUAUUUGUGAUAUAUUUUGAAAUUGUUGUUAUAGAAUAUUUGAGUGUAUUUUUUAGAAUUAUUGUUAUAUAAAUACAAUUUUAAUGCUCA